UUGCAACGCUCGCAUCCUCACGUGUAGGAAGAACCAUCACCAUGACAGAGACGAGAAGGAGGAGCCUGUUCAGGCCGUGCAUCGACCUGCAUCAGGGCGUCGUCAAGCAGAUUGUGGGCGCUUCUCUGCGGGACGAGGACGAUGCACGGCAAAGGGCCGUCGAGUCAUCCUCUUCUUCGGCAUCCUCGUCGCUCAAGACCAACUUCACCUCGGACCUCUCGUCCUCUCACUACGCCAACUUGUAUCGGUCGCACAACCUGACUGGCACCCACGUCAUCAAGCUGGGCCCUAAGAACGAUGAGGCGGCGACGAGCGCGCUCGAAGCGUGGCCAGGUGCCCUCCAGAUUGGCGGCGGCAUCACGUCGGACAAUGCGGCCGACUGGAUCAAACGGGGGGCAGGAAAGGUCAUUGUCACAUCGUACCUCUUCCCCUCGUGCCAAUUCUCGAUGGACAGGCUGCUCGACCUCGAACGGCUCGUGGGCCGCGAUCGGCUCGUCGUCGACGUGAGCUGCAGGAGAAAGGGAGACAAGUGGAUCGUGGCCAUGAAUCGUUGGCAGGACAUGACGGACAUGCAGGUCGACAAGCAGUCGCUCGACAUGCUGGCAGAGCACUGCAGCGAGUUCCUGAUCCAUGCAGCAGACGUGGAGGGGCUAUGCCAGGGCAUCGAUGAGGAUCUCGUCAGAAAGCUUUCGGAAUGGGUCACGAUCCCCACCACGUACGCUGGUGGUGCGAGACAUAUCGGAGAUCUCGAACUCGUUGACCGCCUCUCCAAGGGCAAAGUGGAUCUGACCUUUGGAAGCGCACUCGACAUAUUCGGAGGCUCGGGCGUCACUCUAAAAGAGCUCGUCGAAUGGAACAACAAAGGAAAGGACAGUCAACAAUGAAGCAAUGGGAUGUGACUUGCAAUUGUAAAACGAACACAGCACAUUGGACAUGAAGUUGGGGGAGAAAAGAAAGGGGGUAUGGCAUGGGAUCUGAUC